AUUUUCUGUAACCAGCCUUAGCAGGCACCAGACAGAAAAGGGAUGCAUUUGUAUCUGUAUUUUCUUAAUUUCUGAGGCUUUCAGCCAGCAGCACUGGUAUAUUUUUAUGGAAGUAGUGGGAUAAAUGCAUGCUGAGCCUGAAGGGUCCUUUUUGAAGAGCUGUCAUUUGUCUAUUUUGAGGCAUCACUCCACAUUCUGAAUGUAUCGAGACUCCAGAACCUCUGAAUAAGAGGCUCUUUGUUUUCAGGUACUGUGACUUGUGAGGAAUUGCUGAAAUGUGCAGACAGAACAACAGAGCUGACACAUAUUAAGUUGCAUAUAAAAGCAUGUGGGAAACUUGUUGUAGGCAUAUAUAUCCAUUUCCUGCUUGUUGUCCUGAGCUGUCUUCCAUCUUCCUGUCUCAGUGUUUUCAUUUCGGUGAAUGACAGGAUGUAAUUAUGCCGUGAUUAAGAUGCUGUCUCCCAGCCUGCGAUGGAUUAGGAGCUGCACUGUCAGAAGGUUCCCCGGUAAUUAUCCACUGCUGAUUUGUACCCCUUCUGUGCCUUUCAUAACCCCUCUCCGGUUCCUCAACUGCUUGAUUAAUGCAUGUUGUUAAACAAUGUUCACAAAAGGCAUUUUCAUUUGAGCAGUUUGAGAAAAAGAAAUUAUUUGAAGAUAACUUCAUAGUAAUCAUAUUUGUCAUUCAGCGGAGGUAUUUUCCAACCCUGUGAUUUUGGUUAAUAUAUAAUGGCGUACUUGGCCGCAGAAGGUCUGUAUGAAUGACUAGCAGACCAGGGCUGUGAAGGAUUUACAAUAAAUAUAAUGAAACCUAAACAGAGAGGGCACUCUUUAAGUGGCUCAUUAAGUAAUGGCUGUUUUCCUUUUCAGGCAUGUCCUUCGCUGACAGAGAGCUCUGAAAGCCUGGCUUGCUUCAGCCUUCACAUCACUUGAAAUCCUUUUCAACAUUUUGUUUGCAUGAGAGCGUAGGUCACUUUUUCCAGCCUUGCAGACUCCUUCAGCACAAAGGUCUGUUGACCGGUCUUACCGAGUCGCGUGCGUGUGGGGGAAAGUAAAAACGCUGAUCUUUAACAAUGCUCUCCUGGAAACCAAAGUGACCAUUUUAUAAUAAAGAUCAGUUUACCACUCAUAAAGUGUUUUAGCCAGGGCACAACACUGUGAAAAUAUUAAACAUCAAUUUCCUUAAAAUCAAGGGCAGGAUCAGUGCUGCUAUCGGGCAUCCCGUUUUUACAUUCAAUCAGCUGUGUGAACAUUUAUUUUGUUACUUAGCCAAUAGUCAAGUCAGGAAACAAUCUUGCAUAACAAUACACUAUUCCUUCAGCCCGGUGCUCAUGCACUGACUGGCAGCUAACAGAUAGUAAAUUAGUUAGGGUCAUUCCAUAAAUAUUUUAAUGAACCUAAUUUCCGGGCGUUCAGAGCUGAGCAGCAGCUUGUUCUCUUUGUCCACCAAACAACAAUGUUAGCUGAAGUAACGUUCGCUGAGCACCUAAAGGGAAAACUGAACUCUGUCUUUAGAAACAAUUCAUCAUUGUGGCCACAGUUGUAAAACUACAUAGACGUAAUCUCACACUUUAAUGUAAUUUUUUAAACACUGAAAAGGUAAUUAUUAUCGCUAAAUGUGAAUUGCAGUGUAUUGAUCUGGUUUUCUCAAAACAAAUGAAGUUCAGUUGACUUCAGUUAAAAUACUGAUAAAAUAUUUGUCAAUGGCACAGUUGAGCCACAGACAGCACUUUCUCACCCUCUUUUUCAACCAGAUGAUUUUAUCAUUUCUCAGAACAUUCUCCUAUAUUUAAUGUAAAUAAAAGUAAAAAAGUUAAAUGUGUAAUAUAAAAUGUCUUAUUAAUUUGUAUAUUUUUCUGCCAGGUAGAACAAAACACACUUUAAGAACUAGUAGGACACCACCGGACUUCUGAAAUCACUACAUCAAAGACUCGAACGCAGUAUUCAACUCUAUUCAAGAUAUGAGUUUGGAUAAUACAAUAAUUUAAGACUUUUAUAGGCCCAGGGAGAACUCAGCAUCGUGGUAACGCUGGCACAAAUUUGAAUUCAUCAAAACACUGUGCAGAUUUACAAAUCAGCCUCCAGCCCAUGUGGUCAUGUUUUCAUGGUGGGCCUGGUUUUUUUAAAAGCAUGACUCAUGCAGUCGUGACAUUGCACAGAGUCUUGCUGCAUGUUUUCUUAAUAGAUCGCUCUUGGUGUGAAAGCAAUUAGCGUUAACAGUUGUUGACAUGCUCUUCUGUUACCGACACUCGCUAACAACACCAGCUCUGAGGGGAAUAGUCUUUAUAGGCCAAGUGAUGCUGACAAUAAUUGCUCAGCACUCAGCUCCCAGUCUGGAAUAAGAUAGGGUGAUAUGUUAGUCUGCAAUUUAUUACAGCUCAUUGUUUGCUGCUAUGUUGAUUGUACUCGCAGCAUUUAGCCUUUUCUCUCUGUCUGUGUGUUUAUGUGUGGGGGCAGCCAAAGCCAAAUAAGGACUGUUUCAGUUUUUGUGUGAUAGCUUUGGCAGCCAUAUAACAAACUGUGGCCAAGAUAAUAGAGCUUAGAUAAGAGGGCGGUUAUGCAAUGUGGAAUUUCUCUCUUUCCCACUGCCGCUUCUGCUCCAUUCACUGUCUGGAUGACAUCUGCCUGACAACUCUGGGCUGAGCUGCCACACUCAGUUUUAGUCAGCUGUAAUGAAGCACCUCGUCGGCCACACUUUGCUCACGGAAUUUGAACGGCUUUGUUUGGCAGGUGAAGUUUGUCAUUGCUGAUAAAGUGAUGUCCUUUCACCUACCGCACGUCGCCGUAUCAGGCUGAUUAUUGCCCUCACUCAAAUGUUUACGCUGUUCAUUCUAUCCACUCCUGAUAAAAUGGCUGUGGGACACUUUACCUGAUCCAUUGUGAGGUCCAUUUCAAGAAGAAGACAGGAGUUGUGAAGGCACAGGAGAAGAAGGAGCGGUGGAAGGAGAAAAAGGUGGCGAAGCGUCAGAAGAAGGAAGACGAGGAGGUGGAGGAGGAAGAGGAGAAUGUCCAGCCAGUGGUGGAUCCCCUGGAGAAUGGCUUCCUUCAUCAUGCCCAGCGGGAACAGGAGAGGAUGAACGAGAGGCUGCUGAAGAAGACUUACUCUAAGAAGAACAAAAUGAUCAAGCCCUUGGCUUUACGUCCAGUCAAAGUUAGUGAGGACGAGACCGUGCAGGAGCUCAACCGACCGCACAGGAGCAACUCCAAGGAGCAGCUCAGCGAGAGUUCCACUCACUCGCUGUCAGGCCGUGGCUACUCGGUGCAGCCAGCAGCAGUGGCCCUCCUCAAGUGUGACAGCGAGAGUGACAUUGACGACAAGGUUUCUGAUGUAGGAUCAGAGAAGCUCUUUUCCCCUACCACACCCAAAGGUGUGCCAACGAAUGAAAAUCCUGAGUCCAAGACUUGUAGCUCAGCCAAAGUAUCAGGGCUUCAGCGCAGCCAGGAGCAGAGCAACAGUGAGGUGCCCUUCACACCUCCCGUGCCCAGCCCCACCCCGGCCUCAGCGCCUACGGGCUCCCCUGCCCCCGCUGCAGCGGCGGCCCCCCUUGAGCCCCCCAGGUCGCGCCUCCCCACCCCUCCUCCUCUCAGUGUCAAGAAGGAGCAGCAUCCUCCACCCCCUGUCCCUACCCCUCCCCUGCUGAGGGCACCACCCCACCCCCAGCCUCACCCUACUCACCUGCACUUGCACCAAGAGCCCCGUGUUCUUCCACCCCCACAGCACCACACACGAUCAGUCAUCAGCCAUCAAGUGCAUCAUCCGUUGUACAACAGCCUCUCCGACAUCAGCCACAGCAGCAGUCCAGUGGGUCUUCCCAAACAGCACUUGCCCCCAUCCCCUCACCACCACCUCAGCGGGCUCCCGUCCUCGGCUCCCGCCUUGCCUCUGUCCAUAGCUAAUCUCUCUACCUCGCACUAUUCCUCCCUACGGAGCCCAGCCCAUCGCCAUCCGGCCAUGUUUGCAACCCCAGCCACACUGCCGCCUCCACCAACCUUACCAACCAACAGUUUAGUGGUGCCUGGGCACCCCGCCGGCACUCCCUACCCAGAGCAUGACCUACUAAGGCAGGAGCUGAACAACCGCUUCCUGGUUCAGAGUUCAGAGCGGGGCCGGGGGCCGUCCGCCUCGCCGCUGGCCCCCGUGUCACUCCUGAGGGCCGAGUUUCACCAACACCAGCACAUGCACCAGCACCAACACACCCACCAGCACACCUUCACGCCCUUCCCCGCCAGUCUGCCCCCGGCCGCCAUCCUCACCCCGCCCACCGCACCCCCCAUGGUGCGUACCCAAGCCAGAAAUUUCGACAAAUACACACCCAAACUGGACAAUCCAUUCAUCAGACAUUCAAACUUCUUCCCCUCCUAUCCCCCCACCAUGCCAGGCAUGCCCCCGCUGCUCCCACACUCAGGACCUUUCAGCUCGCUGCAAGGAGCCUUCCAGCCCAAGGCAUCUAAUCCCAUUGAUGUAGCGGCACGUCCUGGAGCAGUGCCUCACACACUCCUACAGAAGGAUCCACGGAUAACAGAUCCAUUCAGGACAUCUGUUAGGAAACCUGGCAAGUGGUGCGCAGUACAUGUCCAGAUCGCAUGGCAGAUCUACCACCACCAGCAGAAAAUGAAGCAAAUGCAGCUGGAUCCUCACAAAUUGGACAUGAAUGGGAAGCUGGACCUGUUCAGUCGACCCCCAGCUCCAGGAGUCUUCCCAGGGUUCCCGUACCCUCAUGACCUGGCGCGACCCCUUUUCUCUUCCACAGGUUCCGGCCACCCAGCUCCCUCUCCAUAUGGCCCCGCCCCCCACCCCAGCGGCUUCCUGCCUCCUAGCCAUUUGGCAGGUAAGUAUCCUUUCAGUCGCUCCAGUUCCUUUGGCGGCCUCGGCAACCUUUCAAGCAGUGCCUUCGGAGGAUUAGGCAACCCCUCGCUUGGGUCCAACAAUAUGUUUGGCACCAAGGAGGGACCAGGAGGAUUGCCCACAUUUGGCAGCCCCCAUCACGACACCUGGAACAGACUGCGACGCACCCCGCCAUCUUUCCCUACCCCGCCACAGUGGCCCAAAACCACAGACACUGAAAGAAGCAGCUCAGCCAACAGCCAUGACAGAGAGAGGGAGAGAGAACGGGAAAGAGAAAGGGAGAGAGAACGAGAGAAAAGAGACCCGUCCAUCGGUAAAGAGGAGAAGGAUAAAGACAGGGAUUCUGUGGAUCGCAACCGCCACUCCAACCGUUCAUCUCCAGCCUCUGCACCAGUUAGUUACCAGAUUAGCAGCCUGAUUCGCUCAAACAGCCAGAACUCCAAUGAUUCGGGUCGACAUCACAGUGGCAGUGUAGACCGAGUCCGUGACGCAGAGAAGGAGCUGCUGGAGCGCCACAGAGAGUCUUCCACGCUGGCUGAUGUGAAGGUGAAGGAGAGCCGCUCACCUGCCAAGGAGAUGCUAGAGAGGAGAUCCUCCGAAGACUCCAUCAAACCCGCUCAACGUUCUCCUUCUCCAUACUCCAAAGCAGUGAUCAAUGAGCAGGGAAUGAAAAUGGCAGGUGGGCCUCCACCUACUCUCAAGGACAGUGAGAGGAAAGAACCAGAGCUCCUCCACAAGGUCAAAAAUGACAUGAAGAUUAAGGAGGAGAGGAAGGAGGAGCAGGAGGUCAUGGUAGUAAGUUCUGAGCCUGCCCCUCAACCACCAGCCCAAGCUCUUGCUCCUCACAUCAGCCAACCUGGAAACCCACACCACCACCACCCACCUUUGUCCCAGCAGCCCCCACUCCCCUCACCACGUGGCAGUGACAUCCCAGCGCCUGCCCUGCAUGGUGUCCCUAUGACACACUCUCUGCCCCUCUCCAUGAGUGCCAUGCCCCAGAUGGGCAGCCUCAAUGUGCUAGACCGAGCUCGCAUGGCUCCUUUCAUGGGAGUGAGCCCCCUAGGAGGACGAGAGCGCCUACCACACCCUGCCUUCCCUUGGGACCCCCUUAGAGAGGCCUACCGCAGCCUAGAUCUGCAACGGCGCAUGGACUUCCAGCUACGGGCUGAGCAAGGACAUCGCUUCCCCAGUGUGUAUGACCAGGAACGAGCAUACCGUGAAAGGGAGGCCCAUGACUACUCUCACCACGAGCACCUGUUGGAGGUGCGCAGGGAGCAUGAGAGGAUGAGACAGCAAGCAGAGGAGCGAGAGCGCCUUCACCUAAGGGAGGAACUAGACAGAGCACGCCUCCAUCAGCUGCACCAAUCCCCCAUGGAGGGCCAUCUACCCCACAUGCCCCCCUUUAUGCCUCACCUAGGUGGCAUGCCCUAUCCCAGACUCAGCCCCUCCACAGGACACAAUGGCCCUCUAAAUAGAACACCUCCAACUGCCGCACUCAGUGCGCCCCCACCCCUCGUGCCAGCUGGCAGUGCCAGGCCAGCCUCACCCAGGAGGACUACCCCCCUCACCACCACCCAGGACCCACGGGACUACUCUCCAUCUCGCAACCCUAAAGAGGUAGAGGCUCGGUAGCUUCUUAAAAGAGUGCAACAAGUCUUACCAGACGCACUCACAAGCCCCAAUCCCCCAAUUUGAAAUCUUCUUCUGAACAAAAUGCACUGCUCUUCAGCAGAGAAGAGCAAAACUCCCUAAGGGAAAGGGUAUGAUUGUACAAAGUAAAGGUGUGUAAGGCUGAUUAAGCACAUGCCAUGACUUUAUUUUUAGUGAACUGGGGGUUGAAUAAUGUCGGUAAAGAGAACACAAAUAUGUGUAUGUUUAUUUCCGACUUAAAUAUUUGAUAAUACUUAUUAAUAUAUUAAUCCAAUACCUUUUUUCAGCUUUGUGCGAAAAGAGAGGUCCUGAAAUGAGUUUGUACAUUUCCUAUCCUUGUUCCAUGUAUAGAUAUUAUUUCUAUGAAUUUUAUGUAUUUUGUGCAUUAGUCACGCCUUUUACAAUAUUUAUCCCAGUUGAUUGUGAGACAUAUCCAUUAUGACCCACUGUAAAGACUGGAUUUUGGUUACAACCUUCAGUAAUUUAACCUCAUGGUACCAGGAUAUCCUCAAUGAUGACAAUGUACAAUGUUACAUUACUGUUUUGUUCAUUUGUUUUGCCUUUGAGAUAUGCAGAUAAAUAUAUAUUAUGAGGUCUUUGUUCAGUCUCUGUAAAGAAAACUGAUGUACAUAACUUGUUAAUAUUCCUUCGUUGAAAAAUGACUGUGUAAAUUUAUUAGUCUUUUUAACCAUUUCUAGAAAAAACAAAAUUAAAUGAAACACAGGAAAUCACUUCCUUGUUGAAUAUCAUGGCAACAGACAAACAUGGCCAAUUAAUGCGAAGUAUGACAGGAGGGUGUUGUUAAGGGGGCCUAGAAGGAUCAUCUGCAAUCUAUGCAAAGCAGCACACAGCACCCUAAUGAAGAGAUCUCAUGGAGAGAACAGACUAUACUGGCAAAAUGGAGAGAAACUUGGAUUAACACAUGUUUAUAUUGUCAAUGAAAUAAUGAUUGAAUUAUUAAAAGACUUCCAAGUCACAAACUGGACCAGCCCCAGACAGAAUAGAAGGACACUUUUUAGUGGGCGGCAAAAGGACUUUCUCUGUCAACCUUGUGGUGUUGUGCAGUUGUUUUUCUUAGACUCUUGUAUACAAAACAAGUAGAGUUUUAGGCGUGCAAAAAAUGAAAAUGAACAUUCAUGGUUUAAAAUGUACGGAAUAAAGUUUGGACCUAAUGUCA